CUCAUCCAUUCGGCUGAAAUUUUUCAGGAUCAACAUGAAAUGAAUCUUAAUUCAACACCCUUCAAAAUUCAAGUUUCAUAUCUGACACUAUUUUGGAAAUUUAGAAGAAAAAUUUCAGUAAAAUUCAACAAGUGAUCAAAAUAUUUCCUAUGGAGUCUUUGAGAAAUGAUGCUCCUGAAGGUUCAAUUGAAAAUUCUUCAUGUCAGAGGGACAUUUCCGUGAUGAGCAGUCAAGCACUGCAAGCUCUCUAUGAGUUGAGAGAAGAGAGACUUCUAUGUGAUGCCACUAUCAAGCUGGAUAAUGGAGAAAUAUUCUAUGUGCACAGAGCUAUCAUUUCUGCAUGCAGUAGCUAUUUUCGAACCCUAUUCACAACAACCUUGAAUGGUAAGGAUAGAACAAAAAUCGAACUUCCAGGAGUGGAUUCAAAUACAAUGAAAUUGAUUCUAGAAUAUGUUUAUUUGAGACGUUUGAGGAUAACAAGUGAAAACGUUGGGACACUCCUCGUAACAGCUGACUUUCUUGGCCUUCUCGGAAUCAUUCAUCUAUGUUGUCAAUUUCUGAAGAAGCACAUUAAUCCCAAAAACUGCAUGGGUAUUUUAAAGUUUGCACGAGAUCACUUCUGCUACGAUCUUGAAGAUGAAGUGCUGAGAUACAUUCUGCGUGACUUUGUAACAAUUGCUGGAGUCAGCGAAGAGAUAGUUCACAUGGAGGUGGAAGAGCUGUGCAAGAUAAUUGGCUCCGAUGAACUGAACGUCAAAUCCGAGGAAAUAGUUUGGGAGUGUGCCCUCAAGUGGAUGAUGCAUGACGAGCACAACAGAAAAUUUUUUGCUGUUGACUUCAUGCGUAGUAUAAGACUUGGUCUGCUGGAGACCACUUAUUUCCUUGAAAAAGUGAAAGAGCACCCAUUUGUAGUGGGAAAUGCCAUGUGCAAGCCACUGAUAAUUGAAACACUGAGAUUUCUGUAUGAUCUGGAAAUGAUAACACAGAAACAUGGAGAAGUUGCCACCCCUGCAAUAGCCCGGCCACGUGUUCCUCAUGAGAUUCUUUUUGCAAUCGGGGGUUGGUCUGGAGGAAGUCCCACUAACUUUAUUGAGACUUAUGACACAAGAGCUGACCGUUGGAUAAAGGUUGAAGAAGUAGACUCAGCGGGACCAAGAGCAUACCAUGGCACUGCUGUGAUUGGCUACAAAAUCUAUGUGAUCGGUGGCUUCGACGGUGUGAGCUAUUUCAAUACUUGUCGCUGUUUUGAUGCAGUGACGAAGGAAUGGAAAGAAAUUGCACCGAUGUAUGCUAGCAGGUGCUAUGUUAGUGUUGCUGUCGAUAAAGAUGUAAUCUAUGCCAUGGGUGGAUUUGACGGCCAUAACAGGCAAAACUCGGUGGAAAAGUACGAUUAUAAAGCGAACCAGUGGACACAGAUAGCACCAAUGAACAUGCAGAGAAGUGACGCAAGUGCUGCUGCUUUGAAUGGUAAAAUUUUCAUAACGGGCGGAUUCAAUGGACAAGAGUGUCUGAGUUCUGCUGAGGUUUACGAUCCGGAGCUCAAUCAGUGGACGAUGAUCACUCCAAUGAGAUCGCGUCGAAGUGGAGUCUCCUGCAUAGCAUAUCAUAAUGCACUCUACGUCAUUGGCGGAUUCAAUGGUAUUAGCAGAAUGAGUAGUGGUGAAAAGUACAAUACAGAGACCUACACAUGGUAUCCAAUCCCAGACAUGUACAAUCCUCGCAGUAAUUUUGCUAUUGAGGUCAUAGAUGACAUGAUUUUUGCUAUAGGAGGCUUCAAUGGUGUCACAACAAUAUUUCACGUUGAGUGUUUCGAUGAAAAAGCUGGUGAAUGGUAUGAAGCCACUGACAUGAAUAUCUACAGAUCAGCCCUGUCAGCAUGCGUGAUCAUGGGCCUGCCUAAUAUAACAGACUACAUCCACAAGCAUCGCGAACUACUUAUGGAAGAGAAGCGCCAGAAAUUACUGUCCAUGGAGAAUAAUAAUAGUUCCGGAAAUCAACAACAAGCAGCCAUGGCGAUUGCAGAAGUUGAGGAAACUGAGAAUAAUCAGGACAUCGAAGAUAUUCUAGAAGAAAAUGACCUCGCACUUUUCCUGGCCGAAGAUGAGUUCUAAACCUAAAUCCUCAACAACUACUUUAUAUAUCAUAAACAAACUUUAGCACUUAACAAAUUUUGGAUCAUAAUAUUGACUUAUCAAACUUUGGAUCUCAAUAAAUAAAAAUCCUUGCAAUUAA